GCUCUUGACCCUCUCAUUCUCUCUCUGCUUUUCUCUCCUCUGCAAAACCCAUUUUCUCCAGAAACCCAGUUUUCCUGAGAAAAUGUUGUUCCAGAAACCCAAUUUUGCCACGAAAAUGGUGGUCCGUCAAAAAUACAUCUUCCUCAUUGCUGCUGUUAUUCUUGUUCUCAGUGCAUAUCGCUAUGCCUCUUCUUUUCUUUAUAGAAUCGCCUCAGAUAAUGAUCAGGUGCCUUCACUUUCUAUUUCUGUUUUUCAGUUUCUUUCAGGUUUGUUUGUUCAUUCAUUGAUUCCAAAUUUCUUUCUUGGCCAUCGAAGUUGAACUUGGACUACCCACUUCACGAUUCUGGUAUUUUCAAAGACGUCUUCCAGUACCCGGAUGUCUUCUUGCAUAAUUACGCUAGGAUGGAGGAUUUCAAGAUCUUCAUAUACCCAAAUAAAGAUGAAAAUAUUUGUUAUUAUAAUCAGUGGGGCAUUCAAGGGGUGUUUUCUAGUGAAAAGUUCUUUCACUACAAUCUCUUAACCUCCGACAGAUAUUCCACGAGUGAUAACUUUGAAGCUGAUAUGUUUUUCAUUUCGCUUACUUGGUUACAAAUUAUGGGCAAGGGAAUUUAUGCUAAUGGUGAGGAAUAUCUUCGAUACAUAAUUAACGAGUACCCUCACUUGAAUCGAACUAAGGGUGUUCAUCACUUUUUUGUGACUUGCCAUGACGAUGGAGCAAGUUUAAUUAGUGUUGGAGAAAUUAAACUAAUGAAAAUAGUCCCAAAAAAAUUUCACUUGCAAACCCUCGCAAAACAUUUUCAGACGGAUAAAAGUGAUAAUUCUUUAAUAGUAGCUCACCCUAACAUAAUUUUCUGGCUCCGCCCUUGA